UUCGUUCAUCGUUUGCUUUUUCCUUUUAGCGUCAACCUCUCCUCUCUCUCUGCUAAACAACCUGGACAUGGCGUCCCCUCCAUUUUUUGAAUGAAGCAAAUCCAUUACGGAGCAUCGGAUCGUUUGAUCAACGUCUUCUUCGUCGUCUUCUUCUUCUUCUCCACAACGACUAUGCUCCCUGCUUUCAAUCCCAAUAGGUCCAUUUCCUGCACUUGCUCGCUUUUUUCCUCCGUUUCCUUUCUCUCCUUGAACGUAUUCUCCCAUUCACGCAUUUUCGUAAUUUAUGUUUUAUAACAACACUUUUUGCAUUAUCCCGAGCUUAUCUAUCGGUUUCGUACCUUUUUUCGUUCCUUUUCCCGAUCAUGCUUUUGUAAUCAUUCUGAAUGCUUGAUUGGAUUUUCUUAAUUUUUGAGAAUUUGGAUCUAAGACAAUUGCAAUUAGGGUUUCCAAAUGCACGGUUUUAUAGCAAAAAAGAUGCCUUUUUGGGGUUGUGAAUUAGUUCGAGGUUUCUGAUCUGAUCACACGGCUGGAGCUUGAAUGCAUUUAGCGCUAACGAGGAAGAUCGACUAGGAUGUUGGGGAAUCCAGAGAGGGAUUUAAUAAGGACUUGAGAGAUUGGUAUAUUUUCAUGGGGAACACAUGCGUAGGUCCAAAUCUUAGUUCUAAUGGAUUCUUGCAAUCUGUUUCUGCUGCGGUCUGGCGAACUCGGCCCCCAGAGGAUCGUCUUCCCCCACCCAUUGCCGAAACCAGCGGCAAAAGUGCGUCAAGUGCUGGUCCCGAUUCCUCUAAAGGCUCUCAUGCUCCUGUAGGUCACGUUUCUCCUAAAGGUUCCGAUGCUCCAACGCCAGUUCAGAGCACACCGCCUGAGAUGGUGAAAAUUGCCAAUGAGCAAGCUAAACCACAAGAACCUGAAAAACUCGUUAAGCAAGAGGUACCGGAGAAACUCGUUAAGCAAGAGGUACCGGAGAAACCCGUAAAGCAGGAGGUAGCGGAGAAGCCUGUCAAGCAGGAGGUAGCGGAGAAACCCGUCAAGCAAGAGGUGAAAGAGGGGGGAAAUAAGGCUGAGGAUGGCGGGAAACCCAAGAAACCUACUCAUGUGAAGCGGGCUUCGAGUGUAGGACUUCAAAUGGAAUCUGUGUUGGGGAGGAAGACGGAGAAUCUAAAGGAGAAGUAUACUUUAGGCCGAAAGCUCGGGCAAGGGCAGUUUGGGACGACGUUUCUGUGCUUAGAGAAAGGAACUAAUAGAGAGUUUGCUUGCAAAUCUAUUGCAAAGAGGAAACUGACUACGGAGGAGGAUGUGGAGGAUGUUAGAAGGGAGAUUCAGAUAAUGCACCACUUGGCUGGUCACCCCAAUGUGAUACAAAUUGGGGGUGCCUAUGAGGAUGCUGUUGCAGUUCAUGUUAUCAUGGAACUUUGUGCGGGUGGGGAGCUUUUUGAUAGGAUUAUACAGAAGGGGCAUUAUACAGAAAGAAAAGCAGCUGAGCUUGCAAGGAUAAUAGCUGGUGUCGUGGAAGCCUGCCAUUCUUUGGGUGUAAUGCAUCGGGACUUGAAGCCAGAGAAUUUUCUCUUUGUCAACCAGGAAGAGGAGUCAGCACUUAAAACAAUAGACUUUGGGCUUUCGGUGUUCUUUCGGCCAGGUGAAACUUUCACUGAUGUGGUUGGAAGCCCUUAUUACGUGGCCCCCGAAGUGUUGCGGAAGCAUUAUGGUCCAGAAUGUGAUGUUUGGAGUGCUGGGGUGAUCAUUUACAUCUUAUUAAGUGGUGUCCCUCCUUUCUGGGAUGAGACGGAGCAAGGAAUUUUUGAGCAAGUCCUGAAAGGAGAGCUUGACUUUAUAUCAGAACCAUGGCCUAGUAUAUCAGAUAGUGCAAAGGAUCUGGUUCAAAGAAUGCUUAUAAGAGAUCCCAAGAAGCGGCUGAAAGCCCACGAAGUUCUUUGCCACCCUUGGGUUCAGGUUGAUGGUGUUGCACCUGAUAAGCCUCUUGAUCCUGCUGUACUAACUCGCUUGAAGCAAUUCUCUGCCAUGAAUAAGUUAAAGAAAAUGGCCAUCAGAGUCAUUGCUGAAAGCCUCUCUGAAGAGGAAAUUGCCGGUCUGAAGGAAAUGUUCAACAUGUUAGACACAGAUAAAAGUGGGCAAAUCACCCUUGAGGAACUAAAAACUGGUUUGCAAAGAGUGGGAUGUGAUCUCAAGGAUUCUGAAAUUAGUGGAUUAAUGCAAGCGGCAGAUAUCGACAAUAGUGGUACCAUAGACUAUGGCGAGUUCAUAGCAGCAAUGCUCCAUCUAAACAAGGUACAGAGAGAGGAUCAUUUGUACGCAGCCUUUUCAUACUUUGACAAAGAUGGGAGUGGAUACAUCACUCCAGAUGAACUCCAACAGGCGUGUGACCGGUUUGGCUUGGAAGAUGUUCACCUAGAAGAUAUAAUACGUGAAGUUGACCAAGAUAACGAUGGGCGCAUUGAUUAUAACGAGUUUGUGGCUAUGAUGCAAGACAGUUUUGGACAGAAGGGCCCACAAAGUAACAUAAGUAUAUCUCUUUAAGAUUAAUACCUAAUCCCAAAUGACAAACCAACAAGAGUCGGUAGGUAAUAUUUUUCUUUAGCUAAUAUUUGAUCUUUCUUAACAAAAUUUGAAAGGCAUACUGUUGUAAAGGUCAGCCAGGCUUCGGAUCGAGUGGGGAGAGACUGAUUCUUUUGCUCAUUUUGUAGUGUUAUACCUCUUUGCAUUUACUCAGUUUUCUAUUGAAUAGUUGAAAUUUAUUAAUUUAUUUUACCUAACCUAUUAAAAAAAAAAAUUAUGGGAACCCUGUUGGCAA